AGUAGAUACGUGGCCGCCGCCUGUCCGCAGCAGAGGAGGCGCAGCCCGAGAUGGCGGGGGUGCUGAGCGCGGAGCGGCUCGAGGUCUCCAUCGACGGCCUCACUCUGAGCCCGGACCCAGAGGAGCGGCCCAGCGCCGAGGGGGCUCCGCUGCUGCCGCCGUCUCCGGCUGGGUCUGCGCCCGAGUCGGCGUCGGAGAGGCGGCGAGAGACCGGGGAGGAGGCGGCGGCCGAGGGCCCGGCCCCGGCGGCUCCCCCGGGCCCGGUCCGGGUGACAGCGGCGGACGACUCUCUGUGCCUGGAGGAGUUCUGGGGCUUCGGCCUGGAGGAGCUGUACAGCUUGGCGCUCCGCUUCUUUAAAGAUAAAGAUGGCAAAGCAUUUCAUCCGACUUAUGAAGAAAAACUAAAACUUGUGGCACUGUACAAGCAGGUUCUUUGGGCGAGUAAUCCAGACACUUAUCCUGAGGUUGGAUUUUUUGAUGUCUUGGGGACUGACAGAAGGAAAGAAUGGGCAGCCCUGGGAAAUCUGUCUAAAGAGGAUGCUAUGCUAGAAUUCGUCAAGCUGCUAAAUAGAUGUUGCUAUCUUUUUUCAACGUAUGUCACAUCCCAUAAAAUAGAGAAGCAAGAACAAGAAAAAAAAAAGGAAGGAAGAGAGGAGCAACGGCGUCGGGAAAAGGAAGAAAGAGAACGUUUGCAAAGGGAGGAAGAAAAACGUAUUCAAGAAGAAUCUGAAAGGUUGAAAAGGCAAGCAGAGGAAAGGAGGAGAAUAGAUGAGGAGAAGCUGCGGCUAGAACAACAGAAGGCACAGAUAAUGGCAGCUCACUAACUCCCAGCUGCUGUGCAGUUCCAGCAGUACGCGGCCCAGCAGUAUCCAGGGAACUAAGAGCAGCAGCAGAUUCUCAUUCGUCAGCUGCAAGAGCAGCAUUAUCAGCAGUACAUGCAGCAGUUGUAUCAAGUCCAGCUUUCGCAGCAACAGGCAGCAUUACAGAAACAGCAGAAGCAGCACACUGGAGCAUCUUUGCCUGCAACAUCAAAGGUAAAUGCAGCCACACCUGGUGAAAUGCUCUCAGUCAAUGGACAGGCCCAACCUCAUCCAGACAGCUCUUCAAAAGAACUGGAACCAGAAGUUUCAGAAGAAGUCGUAGAGAACGGACCAAAAGAAUCUGUUCCUGUAAUAGCUGCCCCUUCCAUGUGGACAAGACCUCAGAUCAAAGACUUUAAAGAGAAGAUUCGGCAGGAUGCAGACUCAGUGAUCACAGUGGGCAGAGGAGAAGUAGUCACCGUCCGAGUACCUACACAUGAGGAAGGAUCUUAUCUCUUCUGGGAAUUUGCAACAGACAAUUAUGACAUUGGGUUUGGGGUAUUUUUUGAAUGGACAGAGUCUCCCAAUACUAACGUCAGUGUGCACGUCAGUGAAUCCAGUGAUGAUGAUGAAGAAGAUGAAGAAAACAGUGAAGAAAAAGCUAAAAGGAAGUCCAACAAGCCUCAGCUAGAUGAAAUUGUACCUGUGUACCGACGAGACUGUCAUGAGGAAGUAUAUGCUGGCAGCCAUCAGUACCCAGGGAAAGGAGUCUAUCUCCUUAAAUUCGACAACUCGUAUUCUUUAUGGAGAUCAAAAAUAGUCUACUACAGAGUUUAUUAUACUAGAUAAAGGUGGUGUUACAAUAUCAUUUGAGGCUUGGGUUGGGCAGAAGAUGGCCUUUUAUUUGGGAAUCUCUUCUAACAUUACAGAGCAUUAGAGUCAGUGUUUACCCCAUUUGGUUUUGGUCUGACAGUCUGUGAACUCUUGAGAGUCAAGAUUAUCCCCAAGACUCCCUAUCAUUAUUACAAGAAUUCUUUGGUGUUGAAAAGGGAACUCCAGACUCAUCCAGCACUUAGGGGUUAACCAAGAGAGUCACUGAUGGAUGGUGCUUAAGCUGAAAUUACGUGAGUUACAUAUAUUAAAUCCUCAAACCCUACUGAAUGAGACGCCCGGGGUGUGAACCUUGUUUGGCUGAUGGUUAGUCCACUGUUGCCUGCUCCAUGUGCUUUGUGAUUGCUAACAGUUGAAUUGCCUUUUUAAUUUGAAGCCCCUGUUAAUGGACUUAGAGCUAUGUUUUGAAAUGUUCGGGUUUUUGUACAAUUAGAAACUCAGAAUUGUUACCUAAAGCAGUUUUUAAAAUGUGUUGUCCCCCUUUGGCUGUGUCCUGCAGAGCCCAUAUGGCAAGGCUUAGAUUGCCUUUAUUUUUGGUUAGUCCAAGGUAAUACAAAGAAGGAUUCUCUGGAAGAAUUGGAUGCUAGAAUUUGUUAAACCAGGAUGGUGAAUGAACUACAGUACCAACAUGGGUAGUACUAGUGAGUCAACUGUCUCUCAGCUGACUAGCCUCCCACUUCUGCCUGAGGUUGACUACCGGUAGCAAAACAAAGUUAAAAAAUUACUGACUCAAUUGGCUUUUUAUGUCAAAUGUCAAACCUAGUUUUCUACCCAACUCAAUAAUCUUGCUUUGUAUUUUACAAAUGCAAAUUGGCACCCUGGGGCAUUUAAAUAUUUUAAAUCAUUUUAGUAUAAUUCAGUGUGUGGGGAUUCACAUUGCACUGAUAAAUCACUGCCACUCCAUUUUCUCAUACUUGGUACCAUCUGUGCACAAAUCCUAUGUAAUUCUGCUUUAGAAUUAAGUAUUAUGGAAAGUUAAAAUGCCCCAUCAUAUAACCUAAAUUUAAAGUCUUCCAGCUUAAAUCUGCGUUAUGUCUGUCAUGGAUGAUAUCGGAGCAUCUUGUGGUUCUGUUCAGUUCUGACAAAUAUGGAUAUAGCUGGCCCAUAUUUGUGAAAGUAAUUGGCCAGUAUAGGGAGCCUUGGAGGAAUGUAAUAUAGACAGAUAUUAAUAUGCAUUUAACACUGUUAAUGUAUGUUAUUGGAAUAUAUGGAUUUUUAAAAAUCACAAAUCACUUCUUGAAGAAGGAUUUCCAUUAAUUAGCUACAGGUUGUACAGUUUAAUACCUAAUGGGGACACUUGAGUUUGUGUGUGUCAGUUUGUUUCUUUUUGAGCUUUGGUUGUGUAUGUGUGUGUGUGUGCGCAUGCGCGCGCGCACACACACACACACACACACCCCUAACUUUUUUCUCUCCUCAUUCACAAACUGGGUUUUUCUCUCCUAAGUAGCUUCACAGUGCUUCAUUUGGUUCAGAACCGUAGUACCAGCUUAUGGCUGUCAGUGCUGUUACGCCCAGAACAUUUUUAAGGCAGUCUGCUCUCUUGUACAUACAGAAUGUAAAACCAUGGGGUUAGGCAGUUCCUAGCUUUUUUUUUUUUAAUGAGAAGAAUUCUGUAUUUAAAAAUGUAAAAUAAACAUUAAAAAAAGCAGACAUUAAUAUAUUUCUUCUAGGAUUUGACUACAGAUUUUGACCUUGCCCACAUUGAGGUUAUCUUGCUCAUAGAAUGUCACUGUUCUUGGAAGCAGCAUAUAUUGUUUUAAAUGGCAACAGUUCAUCAAGUGUUCACGUCAAAACUCUUUGGUUUUACACUUUUUUAUUCCCUUUUGCUGUUGAUUAGAACAGUGCAGAUACAAUUUCAAAAAUACUUUAAAAUAAUAUAUUUAAUCAAUUAAAAUACAUUUACUUGUAACUGCUUGACUUUUUUUUUUAAAUAUGGUUGUUUUCUGAAGUAUUAGUACUGUACUUCCCUAUUCAGGUAUGACAUAAAGAAAUGUAUUAAAGGGCCUUUUCUGUUUUUAAGAAGGCCUAGUUUUUUUAAAAAGUAACACACAAAAACCCCUUUUCUGACCAACUCUUUUUCUUUCUGGUGUAAAUUACGCUUGUGUGUUCAAAUAGAUUUAAUUUUUUUUCAAACUUAUUGAUUAAAAGCACUGCCUUUGUUCA